AGUUCACUUAAACAUUUCCCCGUGUGCUGGAAAGAGCAAAAGAAGAGUAGAAGUGAAUUGAAGCUUCUUUCCAUGAUGAAAAGCCUCCUCAUUUUUACCCUCUCCCUAAUAUCAGGUCCAGUGGCCUGUGUUAUGACUGGCUACACAGGAGGAAGCGUCCUUAUAAUAUGUGAUCUAAGAUGGGGUUCAGGAUUUAGUACAUAUAUUUGUAAACUGGGAAGCAGAUCAUGCACAGAUAUAAUACGUACUAACACCACAGAGAACUCUGUUCAAGAGGGAAGAUUCAAGCUGUAUAAAAACAGUAAUAGAUUUUUGAGAGUGUUAAUCAGGAGGCUGAAGCCACAGGAUGCUGGAGUGUACAUAAUAGGAGUAGAGGAUCAGACGCCCAUUGAUGUGAAACUGACUGUUCUUAAUGAUUCUUGUUGUGAUGGACCAAAAACAGUGAAUGUUUUUCCUGGACAGAAUAUCAGCAUCAUCUCUAACUAUCCUGUGGUUUACAACAGAGACUACAAGUUUAUCAUGAAACUUGAAAAUGGCAGUGUUUCUAAUGCCAUUCUAGAUACUUUUAAUGUACCCCAGAACAACAGGUUCUCCAUUUCUGAUGACAGCAUUGCUAAAGUUCUCAGUAUGAACAUCAGUCAUGUGACAGAAGCCGAUGAUGGAGUUUAUUUAUAUGGAAUCUUCAACAGAAAGAACUCAAUCAAGUAUUAUUCCUUCUUCAGAGAGAUUCAUCUGCAUGUUAUAGAAUCCUCUGUUAACACCACAAUCAUCAUCAUCAGUGUGUGUGUGCUGCUGAUUGGAGGAUUUACACUGUUGCUGAUCUACAAGCUGAGACACAAGGGGACACAAGUUUCAAGACCUUCAUCCCAAGACAAUGAACAUGCUCCUUCUGUUCAUGAGAACAACCUGCCUAAUUUACCCACAUAUGAAAACUUGAAAAUAAAAAUAAGAUCGAAUUAUCAGAAUCUGGAUUCAUCAACAAACCAGUCCGAUUCAACGUACCAAACACUGGACCCACUGACCAACCAAUCAGAUUCAAGCUACAUGUCUCUGAGUAACACCGCCGACCAAUCAUAUUCACAUUACCAUUGUCUGAAUGCUAGAACUCAGAUGAACUCAGUUUACCAGACACUUCAUUCUUAA